AUGGUGUGAGCUCUGAAUUCACUGAAAUCACUUCUGAAAUCUCUGUUUUUUUAGAGCGAUCAGAAAUAAAACAGCAACAAAAAACAACAUUUAACAAAGCAUAUCGCAGUUUCUCUGCUUUUUUAUCUUUAUAUGGACGAGUUUAUCGCAUUAACUCGCUCUAAGUUGAAUUUAAGAGGUUCAGAUGAGGAAUGUUUAUGGCUACAAAACGUUUUCAACGUUGUAAUGGGCAGUAUUUACAGCCCCCGGUUAUUUGAUCAGCCCUGUGACAAACUCUGCGUGGAUAUUAUCAAUGUUUUACUGGAAAGAAAUGAUAAUAUCCUACCAUUGGACCACACUGUGCUCUCUGUAUCCAACCUUUACAAGAUGGAAGAAGGAAAAUAUUUUACUGGUACCUUUGGUGAAAGGUCAAAAAUUACACCAUCUCAGAUUCCAGAAUUCAAUAUCUUGGAAGAACGACCAAUGAUCUUACUUGGUUUUUUAACUAGCAUUCCAACAUCAGACGCAACGCUUAUCCCAGAACGUGGAAUGCUUUAUCUUGAAGAUAAUAAAAAUGCUAUAAUAUGCCAGAUCUUUGAAGAAACUAUACCCAGCAAAUGUUUGUUUGAUCGUUUGGUUCUUUUACCAAGGUGGAAUUUUAUUAAUGUAAAAUUUCCAGUUUAUGUCUUUAAAGGUGAUAAACAGAGAAAGACAGCUGGGUCUAAUUAUUUAAGAUACAUUGAAGUUGUUGAGGAAUUCGCUUCCAUUCAAAAGCCACUGAGCAAGGCUGUGCCAAUAGCUUUAACAAUAGAGGAAUAUUUUUCCAAAAGAGAAGGAAAUCCUGAAAAAGAAAACAUAAACAUAGUUGGUUGUCUAAAAACUCUUUGCUUAUCCCAACUCACGACUGAAUCCAAACCAUUCUUCUUGGCCUUGUUUUAUUCUCUAGAAACCCAACAACCUGUAACAAUUGCAUUUAUGGGAGAGCGUUUUUCGCCUUGGCAUGAUUUGAUGAAAAUUGGAGAAACUUAUGUUAUUAGUGAACUGAAGGAAUCUAAAAUGAAUAAGGGUCAGCCAAAUGAAAGGGAGUUACUUGUUGCUACAAAGCAUUCAGAUUUCUAUCCAGUUCAUCCCUGUAUCUACAUGAGUUUUAAAAAUGCUUCAACAGAGCGUUGCAAAGAAUCGCAAGGACUGAAGCGAAAAAGAGAUGAAAUGGAGACAGAGAAAGAAAAUGCAACAGAGAAGGAAACAAAAACAGCGGAGGGUGUGAGUAGAUGCAAGCCAACUCCUCCAUCUGAGCCGCAGCCAGUUAAACAAUUCCUCGGAAAGUCCGGUUACUAUUAUUGCUCUGAACCUCUGGCUUAUUUGGGAACUAUAACAGCCAUUAUAGAUUCAAAUAUUGGUCUGUAUGAGAUUGAUAACACAUUCAGAUUGUUCACCCACUACCUUCCAUGUAGAAAUUUUGGUUGUGGUAUGCGCGUUGGUGCUUGUGUAAAACUACAUUAUGUUCAUAUGUGUAAACUAGGCAAGAAAGUACUUGGUAUUGUCUGUUGCAAUUCAUCCACAAUCACCGUCACAAAAGCUUCUAUGUUGGAUUCACCUUUCGAGUACUGGAUCUCUGGUGCUAGUUACAUUCACCAGAUAUUUCAUUUGUUACCAUUGGUGGACUUAAUAAAAGCACUUGAUGUUUGCGAAACCCUGUCAAAGCAAUUUAAAACCAUUCUGAGUUCCACUAAAAUUAUUGGCCCAAGAAAAGCUUGGAAAAGUGUCACACCAACCAUUCUUUCCCAUCUUGUUGACCUGGAAGCAAUGACGUCAACUUCAUCGCGUUGCGAAUUUGAUGAGUUUUUCAACAGUCCUCAUGAAUGCGUUGUGACCGCAGCUACACACCAGUUUCCCAUUCCUAAACUGAUGACAUUGAGGGAACUUCUGGAUCUCGUGGAUGACCUUAGGACACAAGAAGAGACGCAGGGACAACCGGGGACAUCUAGGGGUCAGUAUAGUUGGGAAUAUCAGGAGAUAUGCCAGGAUGAACUACCAGACGAUUUGGUGUUGCUUGGAUGGUUGUCUAACAAGAACGGCAGGCUUCAUUUUACAGAUUCAACUUCCAGCGUCCUCUGCCAUAUUACAGCGAGCACAAUCUCGGAAUCUCUGCACGAAUGUCAUCCUGGUUGCUUGAUUAAAAAGCAGACCAUGGCUGACCCUAUACUGCCCGCCACGGAAGGAAUAAAAACGACGUGUCCAUUACCGCAGACAGCUCAUUUUGGAGCUAUUUUAAAACUUACUUCAUUUAAGAUCAUUGUUGAGACGUUUAAUGGCGUUGAGCCGUUGAAUGAAAGAAAUCCACCAAACCCGAACAAUUCUUUCAUAAAAGUGUAUCUGGUAUUCUCCCCUUGCGAUGCGAUUAUUAUUGGAAAGUUACCUUCUUUUGCCAGUGAAACUUCGGUUAAAGAUACUUUUUCAAGACAAGAGGAAAUGGACGUUUCUAAACAAGUUGAAAAAAGCGCUGUCGCUGCUUGCAAAUUCGUCGUUCUUGUGAAAAGUAAAGAGUUAGCAGCUGUUCGAUUGGAGAGAUCUGGAGGGGCUUAUACGUUGGCAGCUAACGUUCACUUUUAUCUACUUGAUGGACACAUAACUGAUCGUAGGGGAAAAAACAAUGUUGUGAAAGAUGGGGGUGUUAUCUCGCAAAAUGUGAAACCUUUCAUGGUACUAAGGUUGUUGAAAGAACACUGUCAUUGGUUAAACAUGUUACAUGAAGGACACGUGUUUUAUAUAUAUGAGACUGAGCAUGUGAACAGCACGUGUGAGAUUGCAGAUACACAGACAUACGUUUAUCCCACAAUGAACAUGUUCUCGAAUAUACGAAUUGAGGAAAUCGAUGACGGAGUACGAACGCGUGAUGAGUAUGAAGACUGGGUCAGAAUGGCUGAGCCAUUGAUUAGAAUACAAAGUGUGAGGUUUUAUUUAUCAACAUGGGAAAAUAAGACAAGUUCGGAAAAAAGGGAUUCAUCGAAUCUUUUUGUGUCCCUCCGCGGUAUAAUUCUGACACGAGAAACAAUCGUCCCCGAUCCUCGCCAUUGUCCGUUUUCCAGUGUACCCGAAGAUCUGGUGUUUCUUCCUCACCAUGGUCUUGCUCCCAGUUCCAUUCCCGUUGAUUUGGCGCUUGGAUCCUGUUACCUUGGUAACCGGACUGUCGUGCUGACUGUCAGGGAUGUGUCGACGGAUGAUACCAUGAAGAUGUACCUGGAUUUCAGAAACCGUGCUUAUCCCCUUGGCUUACUUCCUGGUGCCGUGGUUACAUUUUAUGAAAUGGAACAACACAUAUCCAGAAAAGGCAACCUGUAUCUAAGUUUUCAAGUAUUUUCAAAUAUAAGAAUCGAUGCUCUUCCCUCCAAAACGAACUCGCUGUCAUCUGUUACUUCUCAACAAGAACAUUCGCUCAUCGAGUCACGUCCAAUUAUAGAAUACUUCAAUUUUCAAAGUUGUGGAAAAAUUUUCUUCACUCUAUCGUAUGUUCUUUGUCACAUAACUGCCGUUCAAAAAGUAUCUCUUGUAUGGACUUGUUCAAGAUGUUCUCGUUUAUCCAACAACUGUAAUUGCUCUGCCCACGAUACAUCUCGGAAAUUGACCUGCUCUUCUCAGGCAAGAUGUUUAGUCGAGGAUGGUACAGGUGAGGCCAUGCUAUUCCUAGAGGAGGAUGAUCAAGUCAGGAGAAUUCUAAAUCUCAGAGAAUCGGCCUGGCUUGAAAUAAAAAACGCGGCACAACCACACGGAGAAAUAAUCUACCAAAGACCUGCCUAUUGGAAUAGGAACGACAGUACUCGUGGUGAGAGCCAAGCUCAAUAUUUGUUAAGAUCAGCAACGACCUCGCCUAUAGUUUACCGCAGGGUGAAGGCCUUAUGCAGGCAAUUUAAAAUGGAAAAAAUUCAAGGAGGCGAUACAAGAAACAUUAAAGUCGACGGCAAGCAACACACAACUAGUGUUCCUGCGAAGAUUACACUGAACGCUCUGGAGAUCAAUGAAGUGGACUCCAAGAAAGAAGUGAAGACAUUAUUUACGGCCCUUACUGGCCUUAGUUGAAGAUUAACGGAUCUAUCAACGCCAUGUGCAAACACCAAAACAUCACCUCAACACCUCAUUCAAUUUUGGACCUAUCUCAAAACACUAAGCUGCUAA